AUGGACAAUACCAACGGGGGAUUAGGCUCCGAGGACAAUGUCCCCACAACCACAAGUGGCCGAGGAAAUGUCUCUGUCACAGAUAAAUCCAAGGGUAAAGAGCCGCCGUUUAUGCACAUGUUGACUGUCAAGUUCAGGAAAGGUGGGACCAUCUCUUGCGAUGGACAGGAUACUCGAUACUGCGAUUUUGACACGUAUCAAUGA